AUGACAUCAAGUAAAAUCACAAUUCUCAGAACAGUACACCAAGUGAGGCAAUGGAGAGCUCAGUUCUUUUUAAAUAACCAAUCAGUUGGGUUUGUUCCAACUAUGGGUGCAUUACAUGCAGGUCAUUGUUCAUUAGUAUCACAGUCGUUGCAAGAAAAUGACAAGACUAUAGUAUCCAUCUUUGUCAAUCCUUCACAGUUUGGGCCAACUGAGGAUUUGGACAAAUACCCUAGAAGUUUGGACCGCGACUUGGAGAUCUUGGAAUCACAGUUCAAGAGUAAACCUGUCGAUGCAAUUUUCGUUCCCAAAGUUACCGAAAUGUACCCUAGUGGUAUUACGCUAGAUGUCGAAAAUCAACGCGGUACCUUUGUCACCGUUCAUGGAUCAAGCGAACAACUUGAGGGGGUUACUCGGCCACAGUUUUUCAGAGGAGUUGCCACUGUUGUCACCAAGCUUUUGAAUAUUGUACAACCCACGAGAAUCUACUUUGGCCAAAAGGAUGCUCAGCAAUGCGUAGUCAUCAAGAACUUGGUAAAAGAUUUGCACAUCCCUACUGAGGUAAGAGUUUUGCCAACUUCAAGAGAAAGUAACGGUUUGGCGAUGUCGUCGAGGAAUGAAUAUUUGUCUCAGGACAUGAAAGAUCGAAGCUCGGUCAUUUACAAAGCCUUGAAAAAUGGAGAAGCAUUCUACGACGAGAGAAGAAACAAAAAGGAAGAAGUCAAAGCAAGUGAAAUUCUUGCUAAAAUAAGAAAAGUCAUUGAAAAGGAGCCUGAUUUUGACAUCGAAUACAUUGCCAUUAGUCAUCCUGAAUUUUUGACUGAUCUUGAAACAGUGAAACCUGGCAUGGGUGCAAUCGUGUCUUGUGCUGUCAAAGUUCCAAAAGAGAAUAGUGACGAAAAGGCGAGAUUGAUAGAUAACAUUGUUUUACAAUAG